AGCCCCAUCUUCAUCCUGAUAUUUUAGGGUUCUUGGUUUGUGGACACUAAGAAUUAGGGUUUAUGGCGCGGCCAGAGCGCCAGGCGCCUCCGGAGCUCUUCUACAAUGAAUCCGAGUCGCGAAAAUACACGACGUCGUCUCGGAUCAUCCAUAUCCAGGUAAAUGCGUGGUAUUGGGAGCAUACACUUAAGCUAUUCGUGAAUUUUGUGAAGGCAAAGCUGACAGAGAGGGCUAUGGAGCUUCUCGCUUUGCCUGAUGACAAACCAAAGCUUCUUCUUGACAUUGGUUGUGGAUCGGGCUUGAGUGGAGAAAGUUUGAGCGAGAAAGGUCAUCACUGGAUAGGAAUGGACAUUUCACAAUCGAUGCUAGAAGUUGCUCUAGAACGGGAAGCGGACGGUGAUUUACUUCUAGGAGACAUAGGACAGGGAUUAGGACUACGGCCAGGAGUGUUUGAUGGAGCGAUCAGCAUUUCUGCUGUCCAGUGGCUGUGCAACGCCGAUAAGUCGUGCAAUGAUCCGCGGAAGAGGCUGAAAUGUUUCUUUACGGCGCUCUUCCAUUGUCUAGCGAGAGGUGCCAGAGCAGUGCUCCAGAUCUAUCCCGAGAACACUGUGCAGCUUGAGUUGAUCACAUCCGCAGCUAUGCGCUGUGGCUUCUCGGGCGGUCUUGUGGUGGAUUAUCCUCACAGCUCUCGCGCGAAGAAGUAUUUUCUCUGUCUGGUAUCUGGGCCUCCCAGCGUACUUCCAAAACCCAAGGGCGAGGACGGAGGAAGCGAAAGUGAAGACAACGAGAUUGACGAGGAUGAUGAAGAAGAAGAUGCAAGAACGGUGAAAUUCUCCGGGAGGGAAAGACCCGCAAAGAGAAGCAAGCUCGAGAAGAAGAACAAAAAAGGACGCGAUUGGAUUCUCCGCAAGAAAGAACAACGCCGAAAAGCCGGGCAUGAAGUUCCCAGAGACACCAAAUACACUGGAAGAAAGCGCAAAGCUCGGUUCUAGCAAAGAAGUUCUAGCAAAAAAAGAAGAAAUCACAGUUUCUGGAUGGAAGAGUUUUUUUUUUUCGUGCUUCUUCUUUGAUGUGGAUUCCUCGCCCACUUUGGUUGUGCUUGGAAUAGACACAGCAACGUUCUUAAAAA